AUGAGAAUCGUCGUAGCGGCGCUGUGCUUUUCGGCUGUACUUUGUACCGUCUACGCUCCCGUUCCACCAAAAGAUGAUUUGGACGACGUAAAAUUAGAAAUAUUAACCGCGAAACAGAGCGUGGAGCGUACUAUACAGCAAAUUAAACGUGUCUUUACUGAUACUAAAGAGGAUACCAUGCUGACAAUCAUGAAAAGAUGGUGGGAACAAAUGGAUACUUACAGAAAUUACAUUAAUCUAAUGAUCGAAUCGAUGCGCAGGGAAGUACAUAACGCCAAGUUAUAUAAAGGUGUAGAUGCGCAAUACUGCUUCGAUACAAAUUCCGGUGCCAUAAACGAGCAUACUGACGUAGCGUACAAAACUGCUGUCACAUGUCAAGAAAAAGGUGGAAAGUCCAUUGAGAGCAGCCUGAGCUUUCUCGAUAGCCUCGUGUCGCUUGGAGAGGGGCUGAUAAAAGAAUUGGAUCAUAUCUUCCUGAAUUGCCACGAUGACGAUCCUGUAAAAAACAAGAGCUGCAUCCUCGAUGAGUUCACGAGAAUCAAUACUGCCGUGAAGGAGUUUGAGGAGGACGCCAAUAAAAUCGAGUAUAGCGCAUUACCAGCGUCCAACUACGUCGUUCUGCAAGCCACCCAAUGUCUGACCAACGCUUACUUGUUAGCGCGCUUCGAAAGUCAAGGUGCAAUGGCAUCCCACUCCAGAUGUGUUCGAGACGCCAUAGAUAGAAGUAGUUCGGGUGUUUAAGAGAGACUAGUACGUUUAUCGAUUACAAUUUAUGUACAUCGAAAUGACACUCGAGAGAAAACGAAAUGCAUCCUAAGAAAUCAAGAUAAUCAAUUUGCCAAAGAUGCAGUUAUGUAAUUAUGCGUAUCGAAACAAAACUUUACUUGUUAAUGGUAUGCUUCUCGGAAACUCUAAAUCUAGAGCUUUAUAUGACGUAUUCUAAAAGAUAUUUUUUUAUGUAUAUGAUAUACUCACGAAAAAUAAACAUUGUAAUUAAACAAUUAUUGAACAGUUUGUCGAUAUUUGCAAGUUAAUUCACCUAGGUAGCAAUAGUGCCCAUUUGGUGUCUAUAAGUUAUCGCUUUAAGGUUGCCUUUAGGAUUUUACUAUAAGAUAACCAAUGUAUGUCUUAAAAUUGGUAUCUAUUUUACCUGUUGUCUUAAAGGUGUCUUUUUUAUAAUAUCUUAACAAAGAAAAAGACUAUUAUCUGAA